AUGCCACAAGAAAAAACACCUCUGCUCUCUCAUGAAUCUCCUUCAGAGAAGAAAAAACGAAGAAAGUCUUACACAACCCUUUCGUCUCCUGAAACUCUCACCUUAUCCUCAGAAACAAAUACCUUAUCUUCAAAAGUCACAGUUAUCAGACUCAUAACUAUUCUAUUCGUCUUACUCAUCACUUUGUUCAUCUUCAACACAAAACAAUGCCCAUCAUUAAAAGCCUUGUUUUUCCUUCCUCCUGAACAAACAGAUCUUCCACCUCCUGUAGAUGCUGUCGAUCUAUCAGACUUAUACACCCCAGGUGAUAUGCGCUUCUCUAUUAAACAUAUCUUCCAUCACAAUACUGACAAACCAAAUGGAUUGGCUGCACAUGGUCGUCUAGAUAUAACCCCCAACAAUAUCGCCAUGCUCAAAGAAACAACCCCACUUGUCACUUUUGGCCGUAACACUGCAUCUCCACGUAAAGUCUCACCUUGGGAAGCCCGUCUGGCCUUAAAACCUCGUAACAACUUUCAUGUCCGACGUUUAGCCGACCGCCACCCAGACUCAGUCGAGGCCUUAGUUCAUUAUGCUAACACAUACAUGGACCGCGGCCUCCCGGAAAUCAAAAACGAAAACCUCAACUGGCACGAUGAGAACAUUGCAGUCCCAGAUAUUGAGGACCGCAACACAGUCGUGGCGCUGGCCGUCAUGUCUUCUGAUGCAUAUGUCGACAUUCCAAACACAGGCGAUUGGCAAAACGUCACUGGGCCCUGGCGCAACGAGACUUCCGAUUUCGGCUGGGCCGGCGAAGGCGUUCGUGGUCAUGUUUUUGUCUCUGAAGCUGAUGAGGCCAUGGGCUUACCUGCUGCUGGAACAGUGGUGAUUGCCAUUAAAGGUACUAGUGCAGCUGUUUUUGAUGACGGUGGUGAUACUGCUCCUAAUGAUAAGAUUAACGAUAAUCUUUUAUUUUCAUGCUGCUGUGCACGUGUGAGCUACUUAUGGAAUACAGUCUGUGACUGCUAUACGGGUAAGUCCUACACUUGUAAUCAAGACUGUCUAGAACGCGAGUUAUACAAAAGGGAUAGAUAUUACAAGGCUGCCAUGGACAUUUACAGAAACGUAUCGGCCAUAUAUCCUAGCUCUGAUAUCUGGAUUACUGGCCACUCUCUUGGUGGAUCGCUUGCUAGUUUGGUUGGCAGAACUUAUGGUCUCCCCACAGUGACAUAUGAGGCACCUGGUGAGCUUCUCCCUAGUCGAAGACUUCACUUGCCUAUGCCGCCUGGUGUUCCUCGCUGGGCUGAGCAUAUUUGGCAUUUUGGCCAUACGGCUGACCCUAUCUUUGUUGGAACUUGUAAUGGAGCUGGGUCUUCAUGUUGGGUGGCUGGAUAUGCCAUGGAGACAGUAUGUCAUUCUGGGCUGGAAUGUGCCUAUGAUGUUGUUUCUGAUAAGGGUUGGCAUGUAUCAUUAAUGAAUCAUCGCAUUCAUGUAGUCAUUGAUGAUGUUUUGUUGGCUUAUAAUGACACUGCUACUUGUGGAGUACCCAAGAUUUGUUCUGAUUGCUUUGACUGGACGUUUGUAUCUGAUAAUGAUGAUGAUUCUAGAGAGCCCAUUAAGAGUAGCAGUACCAAAACUUCCAUAAGUACUAAGACUGUGAGUACCCGAUUCACUAGUACUACAUUUCCUACAGCUUCAGUCACUCCUUCUACACCUGUGGCACCUCCAGACAAUGAUGAUGACACAUCUCCUAAACCUUCUGACCCUCCUCAAGUUUGCAAACGUCGAUCCUGGUACGGAUGGUGUUUAGAAUGGGGACCAGAGAAUUGA